AUGUGGAUCAAUCCAAAACCACAAUACUCUGUUUCACCUCUAUGGGUAGUAGUACUAGAAAAUAGAUUCUUUUCUAUACUUAGAGCAAAGUCAACCGAUGGUACUCUACUAGGAAAGAUAGCUAAUCUGGCAGUACAUGCUAGUGAUUCACAUCCUCUUACCUAUAGAAUCAUAUAUAAAACAAAGAACCCUCAGGUCAUUGCAGUGUCUGAGAGUCUUGAUCUUAUCAAAGCUCAUUGGGUUGUCCUCGAGAAUGACAUUCUUCCACGUCUCGAUGAACACGACUGGGAUAUUAGAGAUCAAUACGUCAUUUCAAAGAUCAUUGGUAUGGCUACAUCAUCAGAGGAAGAAGAAGCCGAUCAAAACGAUGAGAAAUCAUUGGUAGAAUUUAAAUUCCAAUUCAGUCAAAUGGAAGAGAAAUUAUUAACUUAUUUUAGAUGUUCAUUAUAUAGGGAUGGUUUAACAACUGGUAAAGCAUUUAUUACUCAACAAUCAGUUUGUUAUUAUUCAGCCAAUCCCGUUCAACAUAUAAUACUUCCAUUUGCAAGAAUAACAUCGAUCAAUAAGGAAUCUACUCUUGGUUUAUUGCCAAAUACAAUUAAAAUCACUGCUUGUAUUGGUCCAGAUGAAAAGACUGAGAAAAAAUUUUUAUUUUACUUUUUGAUGAGAGAUCAAGCAUAUGAUUUAUUGGAACAAUUAUGGAAAUUAUGUAUGGAUGAAAUAUAUCAAUCGUUGGAGGUUGAUGAAUAUAGUAUGUCGUCGCCAUCACCUUUAUCAGCUAGUACGAGUACUGGAGAAUCGUCACCAGUGUUAAAGGCAACCAAACAAAGAUUGGAUAUUGAAAAAAAGAAUAGAAACUUUCAACGAUUCUUUAAGUUGCCAGAGAAUGAAGACUUGUUGUCGGUGCACGUGUGUUGGAUAGUUAGAAAGAAUACGUUGAUUGGCGACCUCUACCUGUCUGCCAACUUUUUCUGUAUAAAAUAUAAAGAGAGCUUCACGACUAAAAAGUAUACGACCGUCAUUCCCAUCUCCAAGAUUGCAUCGAUUAAAAAGACGCGUCCAUUCCUUGGCUUUUCAGUGUUUACCGAUACCAUUCAAAUUGUAACGGUACAGGGUCGCGAGAUCAACAUUCGACUGAUCCACUGCGAAGAGGCAUUGCAAACGAUGCGCAGGUAUUGGCAACAGGCACCCUCUUCGCCGGUACCACUCGUCAUCCCACCAUCGUCACCCAAUCAUUCGCCAGUGCUACGACCACAGGCUUUGCAAAUAGAAUCGAUCGGUGUCGGAUGGUUCUCUCAAGAACCAGGAUUAAAACACGAAAAACCAGAGGAACUUAAAUACAAACUAGAGAAAUGGGAGAGUUACUUUGGCAAGCAUGGCAGCGACACGUCCAUGUCAAUCACUCGCAGUCUGCGUCAUCUCAUCCAUAUUGGCGUACCCGAUCCCUACAGAGGACACAUUUGGGCGUUUUGCUCGGGUGCUGGCUACAUGUGGGAAAGAGAAAAGGGAUACUAUGACGGACUGCUUCGUGAUAAUGCUGGAAGGACAAGUUUGGCAGUCGAAGAGAUUGAAAAGGACGUGCGUCGUACUUUUGCACACCACCCCUAUUUCAAACAUGAAGGAGGUGUCGAUGCGCUGCGACGUGUGUUGACUGCCUAUUCGUGGCGUAAUCCAACGAUUGGAUAUUGUCAGAGUAUGAAUGUGGUGGCCGGUAUCAUGCUGCUCUACAUGCAAGAAGAGGCUGCUUUUUGGGUAUUAUGUCGUGUGUGCGAAGUAUUCCUACCAGACUAUUACGUAUCGGCCAUGAUUGGUUCCAUCAUUGACCAAAAGAUAUUUGCACAACUCGUCGAAAACCAUCUCCCCGAUGUAUAUAAACACUUGGAAAAGGUCGGUCUCCCCGUCACUAUCCUCUCACUCCCAUGGUUCAUGUGUAUGUUUGUUUCCUAUAUUCCAUUCCCAGUCGCUACUAGAGUUGUAGAUUGUUUCUUAUUUGAAGGUACUACUGUAUUAUUUCAAACUGGUUUAGCAAUUUUAAAGAUUAACAAACAAAAGAUAUUGGAAGAAAGAGAUUCUGAAGUUAUUGUUGAAAUGUUAAGAAACAAAACAUAUGACAUUGACGAAUUGAUUCAAGUUACAUUCCAAGAUUUCGAUAUUCCAGAAGACCAAAUCAAUGAAUUAAGAAAUGCUCAUAAAUUCAAAGAGAUUAAAAGAAAGGAAACAAUUCAAAUUAAUAAUGCUAAAAAGGAAGAAGAACAACAAAAGGCAAACAACAAUAAUAAUAAUAAUAAUUCAGACUCUCCUGCUAAUUUGAAUUAG